UUUCCCUUGAACGUUUUGUCAAGUUAGUUAAACUCUUCUCACAAUGUCUGCUACCCGACACCCCUCUGACGCAAUAUACGGCUUCUAUCCCUCAGGAAAUGUGGUCCCUUUACCUCUAGUAAAAAGACAAAGUGCACAAGCGGGCAUCGUAUCAGAUCGUGACCACUUUUACGAUGUCGCAGCGGCGCCGACGGGCCCUUUGCCCUCGCGAGCCUCCGGUGACGCUCCCUGGACACAAGCGGAAAGCUCUUAUAAAAGGAUGAUCGCUUGUCCAUUCGGUAUUCAGAACAAAGACAGAGGGAUUGUGCUACUGGUUCCCGGCACGGCGGGCAAUGCCAGUGAGGUCUACAAAUCUGUGCGCCUACCCUACAAAGUCGAGUUUCCUUCAAUCUGCUCAACGGUACCUUCAAUUUUUGCAUUAAAAACAAUCCAGUCGGCUUAUUACGCAGACCUACCAUCGCAAGGAUUCGAUGUAUGCUGGGUAGAUACACCCAAUUAUUCGAUCAGCGAUAUGCAAUUGUCGGCCGAAUUUGUCGCUUACGCGAUCAAGAGUCUGGCCCCUCAAUCAACCAAGACUGGGGGCAAAAUUAACAUUGUUAGCUAUAGCCAAGGAGGUCCAAAUGUCCAAUGGGCUUCGAGUUUGUUGGAUUUUUUAGAUGUUUUUUUCAAGCUUGCGGGUCAAGGAGAUAGAAACUGA